GGAGAGAUAGACACACAAGGGUCCAGCUCCUGCUUUUGUGCACUUAUAUGUGUUAAAACAGCAUCUCAAGAGACUGAUGCAUCAGAAAAUGUCAUUAAAAGCAUAGUAGAUGACAACGAGACGGCAAAGGAGAACUGAAGAAGAACUUUUAUAACUUUUGCCGGUUUGGAUAUGAAGCGCUGGAGCUGCGCGUAAAAGCUUGCGUGUGAAAGUCCAAAGACUUUGGCAACAUCUUUCCAUAGCUGUUUGUUUACUUUUCUCCUGGCAAAGGUUUUGAUUUAAACAUUCACGAUGAAUACCUCGGACAUAUUUUGCGAUUCCGAACUUGCAAACUCGUCAAACCUGUCGUGUGUGAACCGAACCGUCCCGUCUUACAGCGUCAUUGACAUCGCGUCCUUCAUGCACGUCUUCCCCACUGUCUAUGGCAUCCUGUGUUCAGUUGGAGUUCUGGCCAACAGUUUAGUUAUCUAUGCUGUGGCAUCAUGCAAGAAAAAGAUGGUCUCCGAUAUUUACGUGCUGAACUUGGCCAUCGCAGACCUGCUCUUUCUGUUGGUGAUGCCCUUUAACAUCCAUCAGCUGGUGAGAGACAGGCAAUGGGUCUUUGGGCACUUCAUGUGUAAGGCUGUGGUGGUGGUGGAUGUGAGUAAUCAGUUUACCACAGUGGGGAUAGUGACUGUGCUCUGCAUUGACAGGUACAUUGCCAUCGUACAUCCGACAUCAGAAAAGAGGACCAUUCAAUGGACCAUCAUCAUCAACAUUAUGGUGUGGGUGGGCAGCUUCCUUCUGAGUAUCCCAGUCAUGAUAUACGCUAAAGUGGUCUCUAAAAAACACCUGGACAUGUGUAUGAUAUACCUAGAUGGGCCAAAGGAUAUGUACUGGUAUACGCUUUACCAGUCCACAUUGGGUUUCAUUGUCCCCUUAAUCAUUAUCAGCACAUUUUACACUCUCACAUUGUACCACGUGUUCCGCUCCAUUCGACGGGUCAAGCGCAAGCAGUCCGUGUGGGCCAAACGGGCCACUAAGACAGUACUGAUGGUGAUCGCCCUGUUCCUGGUCUGCUGGUCCCCCUACCACGUCAUCCAGGUCAUCAACCUCAGCAUAAAACAGCCCACCAGCGCAUUUGUUUAUGCAUACAACAUCAGCAUCUGCUUAAGCUAUUCCCACAGCUGCAUCAACCCUCUUAUGCUGCUCGUCUUCGCCCAGAACUACCGCGAUCGCAUCUGCCACCGCAAGGAACUGCGCUCCCAGACCAGCAUGUCCAAGACCACUGUUAAAACCGAUGGAAGCUCAAGCGUCAGCCCAAACACCAGUCACCGGUGCACUGUUAUCUAACAGCCACCGAGCCCCGCUGGACGUGCUAACUGAGAAAAACAAGAGAAAAGUGGAGGCCUGCACUGCAACACUAGCUCCUGGACUCUGGACUGUUUCUCAUAGGGGAAAACGGUGAAUUCCACAGUGAACAGAACUUUCAGGAGGGAUGUUGAAGUGAAUCAGCAGUGUGACUGAAGUGCCAAUGAGAUGACAAUUGACUCGAAUGUAUUUGCGGUAUGUGGCACUCUGGAAAACUGAUUGUAUUGUCCUGGUACUGUAGUACUGUUCAUUGAUCUGUUGUUAAAAACCUGAUGUCAUGAAUUUUAUUUGACUGUUGCAGUACAUUAUAUUACAUGGUUCAGUACAUUUAUCGCAGCAGAUUUUAAGGUUAUUGUUCGCAUUUUCAAGUGAUCAAGUUUUAAAUAAAAAAACCUACCCACCUUCCUACCCUAAACCUUAACCUAACCGAUAGUGUCAUAAAAGUAAAUGUUCGAUGAAAAAUGCAAUUUCUGAAGCAACCGUGUCAUUUUGUGGUGCUUCUAUGAUGAUUUAGGCUCGCGUGUCAACUCGCAUGCUCUUCUGAACUCAUUUUUCAUUUGAGCUGCUACAAUUAGCUUGUAAGUGUAGUUGGUUAUGUAAUGCAAAUGUUAAAAUGCAUUGAAUGUGCGAUAAUAAAAGUGUUUAACUGUCAAAAGAUAGCAUUGCGUGAGGAACAGGGUGAAAAGUAAGUGUUUCUGAACUGAUAAUCUGACAUUUCACUCAUGAGUUGUGUGAAAAUGAUUAAAAGUCAUUGUUGUUUUAGCGCCUCUAGUGUUCAUUACACCUGCUGUUGUAAUGAAAGUAUACGAUCAUGAGCCAUGUCAAAAUAUUUAGCAAAAAUAUACAGGACUGUGAUUCUAUGAGACCAGGCUGUUAAAAAUCAUUAAAUGGUCAAGUUUUUGUUGUACAUUGUCCUUGGUGUAUUUGGUCUAUUUUGUGUUUUUGCGUUUUCUUAAAGAUCGAAUGAGUAAACCAUCUGACAUGUUGCACCCUGCAGUAAAAGUAUCUAAAUAUCCUUGAUAAAUUUAAUUGAGAGGCAAAAUUUUGUAAGCUAAUAAGACUUGUUGUCAGAGAAAAUGUCUUAAGUUAUUGAGUUUAUUUUUCUUUCACCAUUGGCAAACACUCUUUUCUUGAUUUCAGUAUAAAUUUCACUAAAUUCCGUUACAUUUAUGCUUAAAAAAAAAGAAGGAAAAAUGUGCCUUUCAUUUCAAUUUGCCAAUGGGAUAAGUCAAAUAUGUGGAAUUAAAAAGAAUAUUUUCCAAAAAUAAGUCUUAAAACCUUAUGCAAUCUUUCAUCUCAAGUAAAUAAUAUUUUAAGGAUGUUUCGAUAUUUUGACUGGAAAACAAGGCAAAAAUACUAAUUACGAUGAUGAUUUUUGUAACAAUAUGUAGCUGUCAAAAAUAAAAUGUCAGUGUAAUAAUACAUGAAAUCAGUGUUUUUGUGGAUAUGUCUGGUGUUGAAAUAGUUAAUUUGUGUCAGAGUAAAAUAAACAAAUAUGCUGAUUGGCCUAACUGUGCAUUUAAUCAUUAUAGGGUAAUGGUAAAUGUUUUCCAUUCUGAUAUUAUAUUGCACUCAAGUUCAUUUGUGUAUUUGUGAAAAAUCCCAACUGUCUCUUUUGGCAUAGAUCAUUAGUAUGGCAUUCCACUUUAUAUUUGUGCAAAAAGAACACAUUUGUUGUGACUUUAAUAAAUGUGUGGCUAUUGGCUUAUCUUUAAAGCAUUUUACAGAAUAUAUUACGUCUUUAGAUGUCUCCAUUUUAAAUAUCUCCAGAUGUUAUUGGAAAGCAUCCUUUGUGACCUCACAUGAAGUCUUGGUGUCAUGCGCGUACAACUGUCUCUAUAAUCUUCUCUCAGAAAUUUUUAAAAGAUAAAAUAUCCUUGAAUGUAGAGCUCUCAGUGUUUUAAUAUGUGUAUUCACAAAGAUGUCCAGUGUGAAAUGCCCCGUGUUGCUCUGUUUUCCCCUUCGUUCAGAGAAGCCCCUGCGGUCCCUAAGAGAACAGAUACAGUAUGUUCACUGUUAACGUGUGACAUUUCAACUAUGUGUGACUGGUCACAUUUCAGUCUUGCCAUCCUCAAUAAAUACAUUAUAAUGCUUGGCAAACAAACAAAGAACUGGGUAUAAAAGUUUACUUCUUUCAUUUUACUGCCCUAAUGAAUUAUAAGAAGGAAUGAUUUGGACUGACAAAUGCUUCUCUUGGGGAAUGCUGAGGGAAAGAAAAGACUGAGCUGUUGUUUUCUGUGAUAUUCUGUGUGAAAACGGAUCUCACUAAAAUUAGGUGCAUAAGACUGCAAGAACAAUCGCUUUUCAGGGAAAACUCUGUAUGCUUUAUAAUCUCUGAUUGAACAUAUACCUCCUGUUUUGCAACUUGUCAUUGUAUACUGUUCUGUACGCUUUUGUUACUUAUGUGCUAUGAAUGUACAAAAUAAAUGCUAAAAAAACCUACACACCAUUUGUUUACCAUUUUAAUGUAAAAUCAUGUAGUUCUUGUAUCGUGUUCAUAUGCACUCAUCAAUAAAUCACUCUAAAAUAAAUUAUUAUGUAGUCUAUUAUGAGUCAUUAUGUACUCUUCAUGUUUUCAACAUAUUAUCACAAAACAUUUUGUUUUCUUUUUUUCCGUAGAACACAAAAGGACAAAAUUUGUAGAUGAAUCUUACGAAUUUCUCACUCAAAGCUACCGUAGGCUUCAGAAGCAUAUAGCUAUAUAAUGUUUUAGGCUUGACAGCCUCUGUACCCUUUCACUUUCAUUGUACAGAAAAAUAAAUAAAUAAAUCAAAUA